AUGACGGGUAACGAGCCAGUCGAUGAUUUCAUCAUCAUUGGCCUCGACUUUGGGACAACGUACUCGGGGAUUGCUUGGGCGUAUUCCCGAGAACCGGAAGAGAUCGAACUUGUCACAAGCUGGGACUCUGAGUUUAACAACUGUUCCGACGUUGAGAAAGCCCCAACUCAGUUGCUCUACGACGACAAGAAAGGCACGUCCUGGGGAUACUCUAUCCCCGCCAGUGAGGAUGCCCUGAAGUGGUUCAAGCUUCUAUUGCUUGAUAGCGACGAUGUUCCCAUCAUGGUUUCAAAGUCCUCCCAGAUGCGUUGUGCCCAGAAACUUCUGGAUAAGAUGAGGAAGGACCCAGUGGAGGUCAUCGCAUGCUAUUUGCGAAAAAUCUGGAAUCAUGCAAUUGACUCUAUCCAACGAACUGUUGGGGCUGAACUGUUGCAAAAGUCACCAUUUCAUGUUGUGAUUACGCUGCCUGCAAUCUGGCCCCCCUACGCCCAACAGCGCAUGAAGCAGGCGGCCAAAACCUCAGGCAUUCUUGAUGCUCGAUCAUGUGGCGAGACAAAACUACGUUUCAUCUCAGAGCCGGAGGCAGCAGCCCUAGCUACAAUCAAGGAUCUCUCCAAAAGGUCGACAAUAAAGGUUGGGGAUGCUAUGGUCAUUUGCGAUGCUGGAGGUGGAACCGUGGAUCUCAUCAGCUAUCAAAUCGAAUCAAUCUCCCCAUUUGUGGUAAAGGAGUGUGUCAAGGGCGACGGGGGACUCUGCGGAGGCGUGUUUCUCGACGAACAGUUUCUGAAACUCAUCAAACGAAAGCUCGCACCUGGGUCAUGGGAUAACGUCACCUCGGCCGAGGAGAAGAAGUUCUUGAACGAGUGUUGGGAGCAUGGAAUUAAGCCUCAAUUCUCUAACCAGAACAGGGACUGGAUUGUCGACCUUCCUGAUAGUUGCGAUGUCGCGAGCUCCGGCAGAAAGCUCAAACGACGAAAGACGCUUGAACUUAGCUCAAGCGACAUUCUGUCUGCAUACACCCCCAUCGUCGACAAGAUCGAGGCCCUUAUACGCCGACAAACCCAGGCUGUUAAGUCAAAGCUUGGGAAGUCAGCAAAGUACAUCAUUCUUGUCGGUGGCUUCGGUCGUAGCUCCUAUCUGUACAGCAAGCUUCAGUCUGCCUUUUUUGAGAGCACAGUUCUACAGUCGCGCGGGAACAAGCCAUGGUCAGCUAUCUGCCGUGGUGCUGUAGUUCACGGCAUUACAAACCACGGCCUCUCAGCAACUCUAGGUGUGACAGUAGGCGCACGGGGCGACAAUAUGUUGACUAAGAAGCCAGUCCGACAUAACUACCACCGACUGUACUCUCAACGCAUUGGACAUGUCUCUGAGACCAUCUACAUCUGUUCUGAGUUCCCUCCCCCCAAGUCUUCCGGAUAG